AUGCCUACUGUACGUAAGUAUCCUUGCGAUAGCAGAAUGGUCUCACCAUCUUGCUGUCUCGAGUAUCGACCUACGGGAACGCUCUGGUUGAUCCUCUUCUUCGUGGUGUUCCCAUGUAUCUACUUGUGUGGAAAGGUCGUUGGGACGUUCCUAACUGUGCUCUUACGAGUGUUGAGAGGACUAUGUAAGUUGUUGUUAUGGGAUGAAGAGGAUUACGAAGAAGAAGCGGAACAGCUAAGAUUGGAGAGGCAACAAAGAAUUUUGGAGAAAGAGGAAUUGAAGCGGUUACGUCGCGCUGAACGUGCAAAAAAACGCGGCGAACUUGCUGCGCGAAAGAUGGCCAAUAAAAGCGCACAGGUGGCGCAGCUACUGGCUAACGGUGCACCACGAAACGGUGCAAAAUGCAUGCCCACUUCAGACAUUAGCGAAUCACUUAACUCCGAAUGUGACGCAGAUGAGCAGCGAGUCUCUCCGGUGACCGCUGCUGGACCGACAAUCAUUGUGGAAAAAACGCUAAAUAACGGCCAUGUCACAGUUCCCAGCAUCGACACGGACGUGACGUCCUCAUCAACGCUUCGACAUCGUUUCCAUCACGACAGUGGCGAUAGCAGUCACUCACACGAAGAAGCAGUGGUGUAACUUCGUUUGUCCGGUCCUGCCGCCAUUGUCCGCAAAGAAACGUGAGCUGUAACACAGUCUAAAUCGUGUGCAUUCCCCGGUUUAACCGCAUACCCCUCAAUAUCCCUUUGUUCCUCUCACUUCCCUUCAUCUACGGGCCUUCCACAAUUCUAUCCUAUAGAGAUCUCAUUAUUUAUAUCUUAAUGACUGAGUUGUUUGAUCUACAUCCUAAUUGUCAUCCCGGUUCUCAUCUUGCUAUGUGUUAUUACGUUUCAAAUUUGAUUUUAUUGACCACUAGCUGGCUUACCCGGCUCCGCCGUAUGUUCCGAAUAGAAAAUUCCAUUUCUCAACCGAUCCGGACCAAACUUGGCACACAUACACUACGGGCCCCGGCGGGUGUCACAGUCCACUUUUUGUUAUCGAUCGAUGUCGAUGUUAUCGAUUUUUUGCAAAAUUUGAGCUAGGGAGCUGGAAUUUGGCAGAGGGGUGUAAUCGAGCAUGCUGAUCACCCCCACGGGGGUGAUCAGCAUGCUCGAUUACACCCCUCUGCCAAAUUGUAGUGUAUGUGUGCCAAGUUUGGUCCCGAUCGGUUCAGAAAUGGAAUUUUCUAUUCGAAACAUACGUACAUACAGACAUACAGACAUACAUACAUGCAAACAGACAUUCAGCUUUAUAUAUAAGAUUAGAUCAUUGUUUUUGUGCAUAUAUUGAGUCCUAGACUUAGUGGGAUUAAAUUUUCUGUUUUAUCAAUUUGGUCAAUGUUACUAUCUGCUUCGGUGCAAUUGUGUGCUUUAGAUCAUCGUUUAGCUUUUCAUUGAGUGAUUUUCGAUAAAUGUACG